AUGAAAGGUGGUUUUAAUAUACAACAAUUAAUUACACCUUUUUUUGUUUUAAUUCUAAUUUUAACAAUUUAUAAUAAUGAUGUUGGUGUUUAUGGAAAGGUUUCAUCUACCAAAUCAACAGGUUCAUCAUCAUCAUCAUCAUCAAAGACAAUCAAUGCAUUCUUGAUACCUCAUAGUCAUUGUGAUGUUGGAUGGGUACAAACCUAUGAACAAUAUUUCACAGAGAAUGUUACUGUAAUACUUAAUAAUGUUGUAAAUGCAUUAUUAAAAGAUCCAUCAAAGAAAUUUAAUUGGGCUGAAAUUAUCUAUUUUAAAAGAUGGUGGGAUGAACAAACAGAUUUCACACAAUCGCAAGUACGUCAGUUGGUACAGAAUAAGCAAUUAGAGUUUGUUGGUGGUGGUUGGGCACAAAACGAUGAAGCGGUAACUCAUUAUCAAGCUGUGCUAAACCAGAUGACAAUUGGACAUCAAUUCCUCUUGGGAACAUUUGGUGUGGUUCCGGAAUGUGGUUGGCAAAUCGAUCCGUUCGGUCCGUCCACUAUCACUGCGAUGCUCUUCAAGCUGAUGGGUUUCAAAUAUCACAUUAUCAAUCGUGUGGACGAGCGUAUCAAGUACGUAUUCAACACUACACCCGAUAUCGAGGGUUCGGGUUCGCUGAUUACCGAUCGUUCCUUUGAGUUUAUGUGGUAUCCUUCCCCCAGCUACGGAAAAUCACUUUCGCUAUUCACCCAUAUUCUCGAUGACCACUACAAUUCACCGCAGAUCUGCUAUCCCAAUGCUACCAACCCGAAUAUUACUAUCUGUACGGGUUUCGAUUUCGAAUCGGAUCCAUCGUCGAAUCCACCAAUCAACUCGAGCAACAUUGCCGAACGUGCAGAGAUCCUGGUUGGUAUCAUCAAGGAGCGUGUACUCUACUACCGUCACAACAACAUGUUGCUUCCGUUCGGUAAUGAUUUCCGUUUCCAAGAUUCAAAUCUAGAGUUUGACAAUAUGGAUCAGUUGAUAGAGUAUAUCAACGCCAAUAGUUCAUUCAAUGUAAAUAUCCGAUAUGCAACACUCAGUGAAUACUUUGAAGCCGUAGAGGCAGAGACACAACCGACCGACUUUCCCGAUAUCAAUGGUGAAGAUUACUAUACCUAUACUAUGUGUUUGGGUGUUGACUACCAAAAUUUCAAUACCUGUGUAAACUAUUGGUCUGGUUAUUUCAGUAGCUAUCCACUGCUUAAGCAGACCAUUAGAAACUCAGACACCUAUCUCAGACACAUCGAGACACUCUAUUCAUUGGCGAGUGCAACACCAAGUUCUAAAUUCACUUUCAAUAGUCAGGCGAUAUUCCAAGCACUUGCACUCCACCGAAAUGUUAGUGGAAUCCUUACACAUCACGAUGCAGUCACUGGAACAGCCAAAGAAUAUGUUCGUAACGAUUAUUUCAAUAUGUUGUGGAGUGCUCAAAAUGCAUCACUCGAUGUUAUUCCAUCGAUGAUCUCAUAUCUAUUGGCCAAUGAAUCGAUAGAGUAUGGAUUCGACUAUCAAGAUGCUCUACUAAAGGGAAUGACCAUAGGACAAGUAGUUGUUGUAUCACUGAGUAACAGUGUCGCAUGGAAUAGAGUAGAGUAUGUGCACUUCCCAGUUGGUGUUCAAAACUAUGCUGUCUAUGAUUUCAACCAACAGCCGAUUACCUCCCAAAUCAUUCAACGAUUCGACAAGGACAAUGAAUGGGAAUUAUAUUUCGAAGCUACAGUGCCAGCCUUGGGUAUCUCUACCUAUUUUAUCAUGUGUAUCGGUAAUAGUAAUGACCAACAAUAUAACUAUGUACCAAACUCCAAUGACUUGGAGUAUCCAAUUCCAUCAUAUGUAUCGAAACCAAUUGAAAUUAGACCGACCGAGGAUCUUGAUGUAGUGAUUGGAAACACUCAAUUUGAAUUACAUUUCCAACCGAAUCCAGAUAAUAAUUAUCUUUUAGAGUUGAAAUACUAUGUUGAUUUGAAUCACAAUGGCAAUCGUAUUGAACUAAAUCAACAACUAGUAGAAUACGACUCGAUGACCGACGAUUGCUAUAAGUUUAGAACACAUGGAUACGCUCAUCCUUUGGAUGCAACUGCUGCCCAAUUCUAUCUUACCGAAGGACCAAUUGCAUCGAUGGUAACCGUUAUCUACCGUAACAAUGUUACACAACUCUUUACCGUCUACAAUACAACUUCAAUGCAAUCGGGAUCGGGUGCACAGGAAGAUCAAUACUUUGAAAUUGAAAACGUUGUCAGCGUUGGAUUUGACCAUGAAAUAUCGAUGAGAUUCAACUCAUCCAUUGACAAUGGCAAGGUAUUCUACACCAACAAUGGUUUGGAAACCAUUGAAAGAGUUUGGACCGAAAAGUAUAAUGAUUCACAUGUUUGGAGUUUGAUAGCUGGUAAUUUCUAUCCAACUAUAAACACUGGAUUCAUCACAGAUGAAAAUAGUGAAUUGGUUGUGUUGAAUCGUCAAUCCAUGGGAGCAAGUAGUCAGGCCAAUGGACUAUUGGAAUUCCUCUUGAUUCGUAGAUCCAACUACACACAAUGGUCUAUCCACGAGACAAUGAACGAUACAAGCUCACCACGUAUCAGAUCGAGAAUUCUAGUCGGACAGCCAAACACUGUAGAGCUACGUCGUACACCACAUUCCAUACUCCAUGAGAAUGAACUACUCAAGAUGUUUGCUCCGGUCAAGGGUAACUCGAUUCGUGAGUGGUGUCGCCAAAUGCAAACCCAAUAUCUACCAUUAAAAGGUGAUCAAUUCCCACAGAACCUUCAUCUUUUAACACUCAAUCGUCAAUGGGAUGAUAACCAAGAGGUUUUAAUGCGUCUUAUCAACAUCUAUGAGAUUGGCCAGAGCAAUAUUUACUCGAAACCAUUAACUGUUACAUUCCAAGAGAUAUUCACACAGUUUAACAUUUCAUCAGUUUUAGAAACAACACUAACUGCCAAUGCAAUAACCAAUGCCACUCUCCCAAUUGCAAUUACACUCAAUCCAAUUGAAAUUAAAACAUUCACCAUGUCAUUCAAUAGUCUACAACAAUCAGAAUCCAAUCAACAAAAUGACAAUGAAUUAAAUCAAAUCAUUAUAAAUUAA